AUGAAUAUGCUACUUUUUUCGUACAUCAAGCCCAGCACCAAUCACCUGCUGCUCAGGUGUGACGACCUACCUGCCGACUAUGUGGUGGCCGGCGUACAUUUCCACUGGGGGAAGGACAACAGCGUUGGCUCGGAGCAUUGGUUGAGGGGGAGGCCGUACCCGCUGGAGAUGCACAUCGUAGGCUACAACAGCCUGUACGCGAGCUUUCAAGAGGCUCUGGGAAAGGACAAAGGCAUCCACGUAGUAGGGGUAUUCUAUCAAGUGUCUAUGUUUUCAAAUCUUGGUCUAAAGACAUGUAUAGACGAAUUACGGAACGUAACUCAUCCAGGUGAUGUGGUCAGUACCGGUCAGUUUGACUUCAGCCAACUUCUCCCUGAGUCGACAGCGCCUUACUACCGGUACGACGGCAGUCUGACCACACCCCCGUGUACAGAAAACAUCGUGUGGUCCAUCUUCGAGACGCCACAAGACAUCACAGCUGAACAGAUGGACGAGUUCCGUAAACUCUCCUUCUCUGUGGAUAUCAGCCCAUAUACUGGGGGCAAUGUCCGACCUCUUCAAGAGUUGAUGGGCCGGACCAUUUUCACCAAUAACGCUAUUUAUAGCCGGAAAUAAAUGUUAUUUACUUACAAGAAUAAAGCAAU